CAAGGGCCAUGGCGCCCCACGCGAACUCUGACACCCGCUCAAGAUUCUGUAGCAUGCCGAUCCAACGGGCGGAGAAUGAGUGCCCCCCACUCUUGUCGGCGAACAAUGUCGCGCCAACAAGAUGCAUCAGGUACAUCCUGGCUGCAUGCUCGUACCGCCCCUCUACAUUACAAUGUAAUACAAAUUAUGAUUAAGUAAAUAUAAAUAAUAGUUGGAAAAAGUUCAGAUAAUGAAUGAAACAAACCUGCAACAGCUGUCGGGUAAAGGUCUCGCAAGAAGCUGAACCUCAUAGUCGGACCCCUCUUCACAUCAAACUCAGCCAUGUACAAAUCUGCAUCCCCCCCUAACAGCAAAGCGCGGGUCUCUGCCACAUCAUAUCUCGAGGCCACUUCUGGAGUGUAGAAUCUCCCACCAACCGGGAUGUGAAGAAGAGCGGAGACGUCGUCAAGGGUGACAGUCAUCUCCCCGAAUGGCAUGUGGAAACUACUAGUCUCCUCGUGCCACCUCUCCACAAGGGCCGAUAUAAGCCCUGGGUCCGUCUCUACAUAGCUACACCUGACCAGUGGAUACAGUCCGCUCCUCUCCACAAUCAAGCGGACCUCCCUGUAAUUGUCCCCCUCACACGUCAUCAGCCCGAGCUUCGUACCAGCAGUGGCAAGCCUCAAAUCACCUCGCUCAGAAUAACGAGGGUCAAUGGUGCCUAGUAGGGUAUGCCACGUCCACGGCGCUAUGUGAUCCGGGUAAUGCUGCAGAAGUGACAACUCAACCGGCCCACCAGGAAACGGUGGAUCUCUCUGGAGCGGCGGCAUAUUCGGAUCCUCUACCUCUACAUCCUCACCCUCAAUCUCAGACUCAGACCCCGACCCCGACCCCGACUCCGACUCCGACUCCAAUGGCUCCUCAACUGCAUCAAUAUCAAGUGAAGAGGUGGAAGGCUCAACAGUAUCGUGGGCAGUAACCUCAGGCGUCGACUGAGGAGAAACCUCAGUAGCAGUAACCUCAGGCGUCGAGAGAGCAGGAACCUCAGUAGCACGAACCUGAGUAGCAGGAACCUCAGUAGCAAGAACCUCAGUGGCAGGGGCAGGAACCUCAGUAGCAGGAACCUCAGUGGUCGCCUUCCUAGCCCCUUCCGAGAAGUCGACACAUCUGUAUCAUGAUCACCUCGCCUAUGAGAAGCGUGGAGAUAGGCAUGACGAUCGGCCAACUCUUCAGACGAUACCCUCUUAUGUUGCUUUGUCCUUGCCAUAAUCUAUCAAGAAAAAUAAGGAAAACAGAUUAAUAGCUAUGUAAUGAGUAAUCCACAAGUAUAAAUAGUAAACUAAUGUUAUGAAAUUUCAAUACAAUUCAAAUAAUGUUAUGAAAUUCAAAUGUGAAAUCUCAAGUUGGUUAUGUCCUUAACCACUACCCUAAGAUAGCCAAAAGCAUGGAAAUUAUCUUCACCCCAUUCAUCUUAUCAUGAAAAACAAUAACAGAAGCAAUAGGAGUUACUGUCAUAGGAGUUACUGUCAUAGAGACAGUACUGAAUCUCUCAAUUCCGAAUCUUGAAGUCCUGAACUAUUCCGAAUCUUCAAGUCCUGAACCAUUCCGAAUCUUGAAGAUUCGGAGUACAAAUAUCCCUAAAUUCGCACCUCAGAACCCCAAAAACCCCAGAAAUCACAAUACAAAUGAAAUUUCACAACAUCAACUCAUAAAAAGGGAUUCGAAACCUAAUCUGAAAUACCUAAAUUUGAAACCCUAAAUUUGAAAUCACAACACCAACUCAUCAAAAUACAAAUGAUUCUUGGUCGUGGAUUCCAACAAAUUACCUCAGUGUGGUCGGUUUUGAAACACAGAUGAUUCUUGGUCGCUUUUGGUCGUGAUGUGUGGGUCGAUUUGGGUGCCUCUGGGUUGCUUCUCUUGAGACCUCCGAGAGUUGAUGUUCUGUCUCGUUCUAAAUGUGAAUCUGAAUUGAUAGUUUUGUUCUAUUAUUAACGGAGUCCGACAUUUGAACAUUCGGAGGAGUCCGAAUUUAUAACAUUCGGACUAAAACACGGAGGCGCAAUUUUGGUUUUUCCCCACUUUUAAAUGGGGUGGGAAAUCUAAAACAGGGGUGGGAAAUCUAAUUCCCCCUAGCUUUGCUUGAUGGCGUAGUCGUCAGUCUCCUCCUCUGUUUGUGCGCCGUCGUCAGUCUCCUCCUCUGUCUGUGCGCCCGCGUUUUGCCUUCUCCUCCACCCUUGUGUGCACGCCGUCCGUCUUCUCCUCCUCCCCUGUGUGCGGCGGUUCCAGCUUCUCUCCACCUCUGUGCGCGCGACUGGCUGUUCUUCUCGACGGCACUUCUUCUCAACUACAGAACUUGUACGAAAUUGUAUCAAGGUUGCAAUGGGAAAGAAGAGAAAAUUAAAUAUUGGACAUCGUAGACUGGAAAACUCAAAUCAACAUGGUCAACCAAAUUAAAAUGAUGGGAUAGAAUCUUCCACAAGAAAUGCUGAAGAAACCCAAUCUAACCCAGGACAUGGAGAAAAGGUCAUACAUGGAUCUUUGGAGUCUAACUCCAUUCCUUCUGAUAUUGAAACUGAGGAAAUACAAGCUGAGAAAGAGUCGAAACGAGUAAGAGGCCCAACAAGAAUGUUAGAUGUUUGGGAUAUGCAAGUUGGUGAUUUUAUAAUAGUUAAUUUAGACAAAUAUGGUCGACCCGUUGGUGAAGAAGCAACAACUCUUACUCGUUUCAUAGGUAGUGUCGUUAGAAGACCUCAUUUUGCUCCCAUCAACUACAUUUCUUGGAAAAAGAUGCCAAAGGAGAACAUAGAUGACAUGUUGGAAGCAAUAGAGAGUAAAUUUGAGUUUGUUCCUCCAAUAAAUGACACAAUAAGAGAAAUGUUGAAAGCGGAGUUGAAUGAAAAGUGGAGGCAAUGGAAGAGUGAUAUAAAGUCACUAGCAUAUAAUCCUUCUAAAACAGAAGAAGAAAUUGCAUCCAAAUUGCCUGAUGAUAGAGUUGAACCAAGUCAAUAUCGUGAUUUAGUUCAUCAUUGGUUUUCAGAAUCAGGACAAAAAACAAGUGAGAUUAACCGAAGAAAUCGUGCCAAGUUUGAAGAUGUUCAUUGUAUGGGAACAAAAAGUCUUCCAAGAUUGAUUGACGAAAAGAAAAAAUUGGGCAAAGGAGUGUCGCCUAAACGUAAAGAGAUAUACAUUCAGACUCGAACUCGUAAAGAUGGGACAAUUGUCAAUGAAAAAGCUGCAAGAGUAAUUGAAGAACUAAAGAAACAUGAUGAGGCUGAAACAUCUCAAUCAACUCAAAACACACAAAGGCAUACAUCUUGGAAGGAAGACAUAUUCUCUAAAGUGCAAGGACUUGAUAAAAGGGGGCGUAUCCGCUGCAUGGGCAAGAUUCCAAAAUGUAAAAAAACAAAGGCUUCCUCAUCUGAAAAUGAAGAGCUACGUGAUCGAAUGAAGCAUAUGGAAAACUUGUUGGCAAAUGUGUUGACACUAAUUCAAAAUCGACUUCCUGGAGAAGAUCUUAAUGAGCUUGUGGAUGCUGCAAGACGGGUUUCAGAUGCUUCGAGUGCCUCGAACCAUUUGAAUUCUCCAAGUUCAAACGCUAAUGAAGAUGAUGAAUAUGAUGGUGAAGAUUAAGAGGCUACUUUGUUCUUGGAGAUUGAAUAUGCAUGAGUUUGCAACAUUUUUAUAUACAUUGUUUUGAUUUUAUGUUGUUUUUGUGAAUCAUGGUUAAAUUAGGAUUAUAUGCUAUGAAUUGUUUGAAUUGGGAAGCUACUUCAUAUGCAUACUUUAUGCU